CCCCCCCAUCUCCACAUCCCUUCUCUCUCUCGCUCAGUCGCUCUCCCCCUCCCCACGCCCUCUCUCUUUUUCAAUUUCAGAUAUUUACUUUCUCGCUCAGUGCACAGCUGAGUUCAGAGAGAGAGAGAGAGAGAGAGAGAGGAGAAUGAUGAUGAUGGAGGGUAACGUCUGAUUUCCUUAAAUUGCAAGCUCCGCGAUGUUAUGGUAGAUUUGGGGUUCGGAAGGAGCGCAUUUGGCCGAUUUUGGUGAGUUUGCAAUGGGUAAGUCCCCAGGAAAAUGGAUCAAGACCUUGCUUUUUGGGAAGAAAUCAUCCAAAUCUAACUUUUCCAAAGGAAGGGAGAAAUUAAAAAACAGGAAAGAGGUAUGGGUUGCCAAGGCAAAAGAAGCUGAUUCAGCAGGGAAUCCUCCUGUGGCAUCAGAUCUUGCCCUGAAUAUAAUUUCUACAAAUGAGAAGAAGUUGGAAGAUAACAGUGAAGCCGCCAUUUCACCACUCGAGGGAGGGACAUUAUUACAUGGGGAUAGAGAUUCAGAUGCACAAGCAACCUCACAACUAGAUGCACUGAAAGAUCCUGAAAGAUUCAAACAAGAGCAAGCUGCUACAAAGACUCAAGCUGCUUUUAGAGGUUAUUUGGCUCGCCGAGCAUUUCGGGCCCUCAAAGGGAUUAUAAGGCUGCAGGCACUUAUUCGUGGGCACUUAGUGAGGAGACAAGCUGUUUCUACUCUACGUUGUAUGCUGGGAAUUGUGAAGUUACAAGCCCUUGCUCGUGGAAGAAACGUCAGGUGUUCCAAUGUUGGCCUUGAAGUGCAAAAGAACGGCAUUCUCAUAAAGCCUCUGAAGCGCAAACAUGCAGACCCAUAUGAAGGUAACAUAUAUAUGAAGGUGGCAAAGCUGUCUGGAAAUGCUUUUGUUUGCACGCUUCUUGCUUCAUCACCAACGGCUAUGCCUUUUCGCCUCCAGUAUGAUUCUUCUGAACCUAAUUCAGUCCUAAGCUGGCUACAACGCUGGUCAGCUUCUGUAUUUUGGAAACCAAUUCCCCAAUUGAAGAAAGUUCCUGGUACAAAAUCUCAAAAGAAGCAAGGUAAUUCACAAACUGUUGACUCGGAAACAGGCAGGUUAAAGCAGAGCGUUAGGAGGAACUAUCCACUGAACCUUGAUAGUGUCUCAACACAAGCCACCUCUGAAAUUGAGAAACCAAGGCGUAAUCUCCGGAAAGUUUCAAGCCAUCCAGUGGAAUCAGUGCAAGAACAUCCACAAAGUGAGCUUGAGAAGGUCAAACGCAGUCUGAGAAAGGUUCAAGGCCCUAACACAGAGUCCAGCUGUCAGUCUGAGGUUGACGGCGAAAAGCCAAAGUCUGUUCCGGCGAAGGUGUUGAGCUCUUUGGGUCAGAAUAAUGAAGUGGACAGCAUCAGCGGUUCUGCUGAGAAGACUAAGAAAGAAACAAAUGCCACCUUGUCCAAACAGACUGAUAUAGAAGCAAUCUCAAAGCAACCAGUGGUGAAUGAGGUAAGUGAUUUGCCAUGUGAUGAUCAAACUACAAGGGAAUUGCAGCCUCUAGAGAGUACUGGGGAAGGUGAGACAAUUCCUGCCGCAAAUGGUGAGUUAAGCUCCAUGGUAGAUAUAAGUGUUGAGGAGCACCAGAAAUCCACAAAAAAGGCUUCUUCCUCAGCGAAGCAAGAACAUAUAGAGAACGGGUUGCAGAACAGACCUACAUUGCCGAGUUAUAUGGCAGCUACUGAAUCUGCAAAAGCAAAAUCCAGAGCACAAGGUUCCCCAAGGUUUGGCCAAGAUAGCGUUGAGAAGCAGAAUCUAACAAGACGUCACUCUUUACCUGCUUCGACUAACAGCAAGACAAGUUCACCUUCACCAAAGGCACAAAGACCAAUACAAGGGAGUGGCAAAGGUGGAAACAGAAGCGACAGGUCUCUGUCAGCAUCUAGAGAUGGGAAUGGGAAGGUUACCCAAGCAGAAUGGAGAAGAUGAUUUUCAGGUCAAUCCAGGUUUCAAAAUGUUAUGUCACAGCCCAUCAACAGCCUUAUGUUCUGUCUGUCUGUUUGUGUUGUUGAUACCAUCAUAUGGACCUGUAACUAUAGAUGUGUGGUGUGUGCCAAAAGCCAUUCUGGUGUUCUUUAUUUCUUUUCUUUUCUUUUUUUUCUUGAAUUUGGAUUUUAGAUGUUUGAGUGACUCUGUAUAUCAUAGGUUUAUCUUCUGCUGAACUAGCAAAUAGAUUUAUUUGAACACUGGUUUAACUUUGA